UGGAUUUGUGAAAUGAAAUAUGCAAGUUUUUCUGAAUACUCUGCUUUCAAAACAUAAGGUGUGUUUUAAAAUAAAAUGAACAUGGCAAGAAUAAAAGAAAAUCAAGAUGCACUUGUUGAUGAUAUGAAGAAUUUGAACAUAAGUACUGGUAGUCCUGAAUCCAAACAGCACUACAUGGAUUUAUUUGACAACGAUGAUUUUAUAGAUGAUAUUGAAGAAUUGAACGAUUUGACAGACGUGGAAAUCAAGGCAAUAAUGGAAGCUUCCAGACAAAUGUUCUCAGAGUCACAAAAGAAUGAAAUUAAGAAAUUUAUGAAACGAAGUGCCUACAGUUUAUUAGAAAUUUAUAAAGAUCUGGAUAAUUUCCCCCCAUUGUACAGUCUUCUUAGAAUUAUUGGACAUCAAAGAAAAGACAUCAUUGAACUUCUCAGAAAACAUCUACCUGCUGGCACAGCAGGUCCCAAAUUAAAUAGGGAAGUUUGUAUUAAGGAUAUGCCGAUUGAAAUAAGACUUGAGGUGGUAAGAGCACUUAGCAUCCAAAGGCCAGAUGGCCGUGAUUGGAGGCUGAUUGCAGAGCAACUGAAAAUAGAUAACUGGUGUAUAAAACUAUGGGAACAAAAGAAAGAUACUCCAAUGGAAAAUGUGCUUUUCGUAUGGGAAAAACAGACUGGAUCUACGGUUGGGAGACUUUAUGAUAUGUUGGUGAAAAAUAAUAUGGGGCAGAUUGCUGAUAUCUUAUAAUUAGUUUUCAUUUUUUCAGGACAAAAAACGAAGAUUGACUUUCAGAUUAUUUU